AUGGAGAAAAACCACACGUGGGACGAGACUGAUCUACCCAAAGGAAAGAAGGCAGUGACGUCCAAAUGGAUCUUCACGAUCAAAUAUCGAUGUGACGGGGAGAUUGAACGCUACAAAGCUCGCCUUGUGGCAAGAGGCUUCACGCAAACGUACGGGGAGGACUAUAAGGAUAUGUUUGCCCCGGUAGCCAAACUACACACAGUCCGGGUAGUUCUCUCUUUGGCCGUCAACUUGAAAUGGGAGCUAUGGCAGAUGGACGUGAAGAAUGCGUUUCUACAAGAUGUCUUUGGGUGUAUAGUAGAUGUGGAAGAUAAAAGAAGACCUGAGAGUGCCAUUAAAAGUAAUGAAGUUGUUUUCACGUUGUUGAACUGCAGGAAUGAAACUGUUAAGUGUCGUGUCAAAGAUAACUACGCUUCAGAAUUCAUGUCUAAAUGGCAAUCAAAAAGGUGUCAUCUCAUAUACAAAUCCGGACCUGAGUUUUGUGUAAUGCGGUUUGUGAAGGUCGGAGAAUAUGAAGGUGCACCAUGUAUCGAAAACACAUUGGCCUCUUCGAAGAUCUUUAUAAACCACAGUUCGAAGGACUGGUAA